UAUAUUACUAUAUUGUUGUAUGGUCUAAGAGGACUUGUAGUUGUCUCUUAGGAUAUUUUGUAAGACUUUUAUGGAUAAUUCGUUCUUGGCCAUACAAGUCUGCCAGGAACAAUACGUGGAGGAUUCACAGAGCAGCUUCAUCAGGUUUUUAACAUCUGUUUCCCAUCAUGUCUGGUAAGGAGAAGGUCUAUCAAGGGGUGAGAGUUAAGAUCACCGUCAAGGAGCUGUUACAAAGGCAGAGAGCUCGCCAAGAAACCAUUAAAACAGUUGCGAAAUCCCAAGUCGACCUGUCAAGCCAUGAUGUCUCUUCAGUUACAUACAUGCCUGACUGUUCUACUGGAGCAUCGCUUCCAGAAUGCAACCUCACAUCAGGAUCUUACACAGAUAGCAUGUACAACAUGUCGCUGGAGAAUGGAUAUGAUAAUCAUCAAAUGAUUAACAUGAUGGCAGCCGAGCAGCUCAACAACAGUGGCUUUUUAUCUCAGAGCUGGUCUCAAGGAUAUUCCUCUUCAAACGUGGACUAUUACAGCAACUGCAUGGUUCCGGACUCUCCAUCGGAAUCCUUUAGUCUGCCCAGUCCAGUCGAAUAUAGUAGUUAUUCAUCGCCCCUCUCAUACUCAUCCUCCUCCUCAUGUUACAACUCUCCAUCCCGGAUGGACCUGGGCUGCGGUCUCAUGCCGGAGAACCACCACCCAUGCUGUUCACUCCAACCCUGUUAUUGUGGAUCUCCCACGGGACCCCAGGACGUCAUGCCGCAGUUACAAUACAGCACGUAUGGCAACACAGAUUACUGGUGCGCGUCGGCGCUAGAUGACCACUAUUUCAAGAGGGAUUCUAUAGACGCUUGUUACCGGUAGUCUUGAAAAAACAAUUGCAGAACAAUCUCUAAUAUGUACCCAUCUGAAAUUGACACCGACUCUAAUGGCUUAAUGAAAAUGUCCAAGGUUAGACAAGUGAAUGACUGAUUGACGAGUGAGUGAUUGCAUUUAUGUGAACAUGUGAUGCAAGUUUGUUUACAGGUAGUAGGCUUUUUCUUGUGUGUUUUUACAAUAAAAUUAUUU